GGCUAUAAACAAUACGCAAAAACCGAACGUCAUAGACCAAACAAUAAAAAUAACGAAUGCACAAAAUUUUAAAGUUAAACAAGAUUAUAAAUCGGGAAAAACAACAAUGAUGAGAGUGAAAGGAGAAGAAUCGAAAUAUCCAGAUUCAAAAUCGACAAAUAGGAUUAUAGAUGAAGAAUAUAAAAAGACCAUGGCGACUAUGAUGAAAGCGCAAGUACCUCGAAAAAAUCACAUCUUCAGGAAUUGGCCACAAACACAUCAAGGGUUGCCGAGUAGUAUCAAGACGACAAACAUCCCAAAAACCUCAAGUAACCUCUCAACUACUAGAAAAUACGAGACGAAUCUAGUGAAGAAUUCACCCAAUGAUCUUAUUUCUACGGGUAGUAAAAUGAUGGCUCUCUUCUCGAAAAUGCUACAAGACGCAAAGAAGAUGAAUGAGAGGAAAAAUAUGAUGAAAAAAAGAAGGAUAAGAGGUUUGAUUCCAGAUAAGAUGAGGUGAUAUAU